GUCGGUAGUCCAAAUCGAUUAUUUUUUUCGUUCCUGUUGAUUUUGACGAUAUUUCGAGAUCCGCUCUAAUUUUACUCGGUCCGAAGUAAGCAGGCGUUCGAGUCAAAAAGUUUUGUUAACAGUUAAAAUGUUGCUGCUGUUGCCGACGCUGCUGUGGAUGCUCCUGCUGACGAAAGAAAGUUUCUGCACAGUUAGAAGUUGGGGUGAACUGUGCAACCAUACGGCCGAGUGCGACGAUCACCGGAUGGUCUGCAAGGCGACGUACUUCAACUAUUCCAUGUGCCUCUGCGAUAGAUUUCACGAAUGGCGAGGAGCGGAGGUCGGAUGUUACCAAAUCGUGCAAACCCAGAGGAUCAUGAACAUGUCCAUAACGAGCAGCGAUUCUUUAGGUAAAUUGGCGAGGGAUCAGGAAGCGAUAUUUCUGGGCCACAAGAUCGCCGGAUUCUUCGUGAUGACCGUCGGCGUUCUCGUGCCGUUCGUCGUCGCAAUAUACUGCUGUCACAUGCGGAAAAAAGAUAGAAUGUUGAAAAGGGAAAUCUUGUGCGAAAAGAAAGAACAAUUGAAGAACAGCUAUAUGUCAGCAUAAUAAUACUUUAAAAAUUAU